AUGCGAAUUAUUAAUAAAGACAGGACAAUUGCUUUGCUGGGAAGCUGUGAGAGAGCUUCGAAGAAAAUUCCUUCUGUGGAAACACAGUCCACCCUACGCUUCAGCUUUUCCGCAGAAGUUCACCGACUCCCAAAGGAAGGUGUGGUGAAAAUCAAUGUUGAUGCUGCGGUUUCGAAGGAAUCAAAUAUGGUGGGCACUGGCGCUAUGGGUCGCGGGGGAAAUGGGGAAGUUCUGGGCAUAUCUGGUAAAAGACAUGAAGGAAUAAGCUCUCCGAGAACAUCAGAAGCGUUAGGCAGAUUUAGCGAUCCUUCUAAACUUCCAUUUUUCUACUACUUAGAUUGGUUUUUGGGCUUAGACUUCUUUAAGAAAGUCGUAGAGCGUUUCAAGAUCUUCGCGAGAGACAUAAGAAUCAUCCAAAACGGCAGAUGUUUGGUCAAAAGUGGAGGAGAUUAUGUCCAGGAGCGGCUUGAUAGGGUCCUUGCAUCCCCGUCUUGGUGCCUCCUUUUUGACCAAGCGUUUGUAUCGCACCUUAACACUGUUGGUUCUGAUCAUUACGCCAUGCACCUGAAGUUGGAGGGUGGCACACCUCGUAACCGAGUCCCCUUCCGUUUUGAUGCAAGAUGGGCUGCAGAUGGAGAGGUACAGGAUGUUAUUCAGCAAGCUUGGUCAACCAAUAUCUCUGGUUCAAGGUUUUUUUCUGUGGUUAAAAAGACCCAGCAUUGCCGUGUUGCGUUAACUAAUUGGAAAAGACGUAAAAGAUUGAAUUCAAGUCGGGCUAUUGGUGAACUGCAGGACAAGAUUUUUGCUCUAGUUUAUUCUAAUUCUGGGCCUCCAGCUGGGGAGUUGGCUCUCAGAUCCACAGGAAGUCCAUUCGGAAUUUCGUCGCCAUUUUACAACUUUAUUUCUGCCAACCCCUCGGUACAAGUUCAGGAAACGGUGGAGGCCAUCCCGAGCAAAGUUACUGAUAAUAUGAACCAUUCUCUCACUCGCUCUGCGACGGACUUGGAGAUUCAUUCGGCUCUUAUGGAUAUGGGCCCUACUAAAGCACCUGGAAUAGAUGGGAUGACGGCACUGUUCUAUCAAUCGUAUUGGUCAACUGUUGGCGAGGAUGUAGUGGCAGCUGUUAAAAGUUUCUUCCAUUCUUCCCACCUCCUUCGUUCAGUGAACCAAACACUAAUUACUUUGAUCCCAAAGGUGAGUUGCCCUACCACGCCUAGGCAGUUCCGCCCAAUUAGCCUCUGCAAUGUAUCGUACAAACUUAUCACCAAAAUUUUGGCUAACAGAUUAAGAGAUAUUCUUCCUUCUAUUAUCUCGGAAAAUCAGAGUGCUUUUGUUGGUGGUAGGCAAAUCUCGGACAGUAUUCUUAUUGCACAUGAGAUCAUGCACUCCUUAAAGAAUAAGCGAUAUGGGAGGAAAGGGUGGGUUGCUCUAAAGCUAGAUAUGGCCAAGGCUUUUGAUCGAAUAGAGUGGUUUUAUUUGGAAGCAGUUCUACGCAAGUUUGGGUUCAAUGAAACAUGGAUCGGAUGGGUUAUGUCUUGCAUCACCACAGUUUCUUUUGCAACUUUGAUUAAUGGGGAGAAGGGUGAACUAUUCAUGCCCUCUCAGGGUAUUCGGCAAGGAUGUCCUCUCUCUCCUUAUCUAUUUAUUUUAUGUGCUGAAGGGUUCCAUUAUCUUAUUCAACGGGCUAUUAUGAACUCAUCUCUUAAUGGUGUUAAAAUAGGGCAGCACUGCCCUUCUAUCUCGCAUUUGUUUUUUGCUGAUGAUUCGCUUAUAUUCUGGGAAGCAACAUCCUCGGGGUGUCGUGCCAUUGAUGAAAUCUUGCGGAAAUAUGAGAUAGCUUCUGGCCAAAUGGUGAAUACAGAUAAGUCCUCUUUGUUUUUUAGUCCUAAUACUCCAGCGGACGUGAAACAGGGGAUUUCGGAAGCUCUUAAUAUUCGCUUUGAGAAUCCUGGUGGAAAGUAUUUGGGUUUACCAACUAUUAUUGGCAAAUCGAAAAUCGGUGUCUUCCAGUAUGUUAAAGAUCGGGUUAUUGCCAAACUUAAGAGUUGGAAGGACACGGUUUUGAACUUGGCUGGGAAAGAGACCAUGCUUAAAUCUGUUGCUAUUACGAUGCCCAAUUUUAUCAUGCAAUGCUUUCUACUGCCAAAGCGAGUAUGCAAGGACUUAUGCAGUGUGAUUAGGAAAUUUUGGUGGGGCUCGAAAGAAGGUGAGAAGAAAAUCAGUUGGGUUAAUUGGAAUAAGCUUUGUGAUAGUAAACUGCAGGGAGGGCUUGGCUUCCAUGAUUUUCAUGAUUUCAAAUUAGCUUUUCUUGCUAAGCAAGGAUGGCGUUUGGUUAAUGGCCCUGAUUCUCUGUUCCAGCGUUUGUUCAAAGGGAAAUACUUUCAUCAUUCCUCUUUUUGGGAGGCCUCCUGCCCAAAGUCAGCCUCCUGGGCUUGGAGGAGUAUUUGUGUGGGUCGAACAGUGUUGCAAAAAGGGUGGAGAUGGUGCGUUGGUGAUGGUAAAACUAUUAGUAUUUGGCGUGAUCCUUGGCUUCCCCGUUCACUUAACUUCCGUGUGCUUAGUCCCGCUCCACCUGUGGAUUCUCUUUAUCACAAUGUCACUUGGGUCUCUGAUCUUAUUGAUGAGGUAACUCACUCUUGGAAUAUCCCUUUAAUCAAGACUUUAUUUUCUGAUAUUGAUGUGGAAGCUAUUCUUUCUAUUCCAAUUAGCUCUCAAGGGGCUCCGGAUAAAGGGAUAUGGCAUUAUACAGAUAAUGGUUUAUUUUCAAUCAAAUCAGCAUAUCGCUUGACGAGAUCUAGCAAUAUUCCGCACAACUCUAGAGAGAGAGGAGAAUCUAGUUCGGGCUCUUUACAGGAUGGUAUUUGGAGACUAAUCUGGUCCUUACGAGUUCCCAACAAAAUUAAAAUGUUUUUAUGGCGAUGCUCUCACAACGCUCUUGCAGUGUUAUUUAAUCUUUUCAAGAAAAAGAUUGAUGUUUCUCCUUACUGUCCGAGGUGUAAUUCUGCUUUUGAAACUAUUGAGCAUCUCAUUUUUCAGUGUAAAUCAUCCAAAGAGGUGUGGAAAAAUUCCCCCCUUGCUAAUGUAGUCUCACCAUCCUGGGAUUCGCUGUCAUUUAUUGAAUGGUGGAUUUGUAUGAUCCAAUCGGUUCGUAAUUCUAGUGGAGUGGAGGAUCUCCAGGCUAUUUUAGCCACUUUGUGCUGGAUGUUAUGGAAGGGGAGGAACACUACAUACUUUGAUAAAAAGCUAUGGACUUGCUCUGCUAUAGUUGACAAAGCGAUCACCCUUUGUGAGGAGUUCAAAGCAGCUACAGAAACGGUCUAUUCCGUCCCUAAGCUCUCCACUCCAACCCACCCCUCGUCUUGGCUUCCCCCUCCACCUAAUGUUAUUAAACUUAAUGUUGACGGUGCAGUUAACAAAAAGAAUGGCAUUUCUAGUGUGGGUAUUGUAGCAAGAAACCAUCUUGGUGAAAUUUUGGGGUCCAUUUCGAUUCCUUUUGCUGGUUUCUUAUCGGCACGUUCUACUGAGGCUUUGGGAUUUCGUGAGGCCCUUGUCACUGCGGCUAUUAAAGGAUUUGCUGAAAUUAUUGUUGAAGGUGACUCGUUAGAGGUAGCUGAACGUUUGAAAUAUGUUCAACGGAAUUUUGAGUUUGAAAAAGUGAUGGAUACUAUGGUGCAAGUAUGA